AUGGAUGGGGAAGACAAUUAUUCACGCCAUGAAUAUUAUGACAUCUUUCUUGGAGUUCCAGAAUGUCUUCAUGGGGCAUUACGAUGCCUUCUAGAAAGGCAGGCUACAAUUAGAAAUCCUUCAAAUCCGGAAUCAAUUAGCUUUAAUAACUCUAGUGAGACCCAUCGUCAAAAGACUAUUGAAACCGUUUUGAAGCUAUUUUCAGAUACAAUUCCUGGUGAUACUUGGAUUAAUUUUCAGCAUGCUGCUGCCAGUUUGCAUAGAAUGCAUUCUAUUGUAAAGAAAAGAAUGAAUCGUGUUUUUAGAACUUCAUACGAGCAGGGAUAUAUUAAUUUCUCCACAAAUUUUUUGAAAAAUGUUAAAAGAAUCAGUCACAACAGUGGCCAUUGGAGGCCUCUUCCUCUUGAUAGUAUCCGUCCCUUACUUACUGCGUCUUCUGAUCCACCUUUGGGAGCAGUUAAAAGACGAGAACGUGCACAAUUUAUUAAUGCUAAAAGGCGCUCUCGGGCUUCUGUUCGCUCUUCUCCAGUUCAGUUCAAUUUCCAAGUGUGUCCCAAUUCAAUAUCCUCUAAUGAAGCUCAAAAACAUAAUGUCUACAAUAGGCCUGAAGUACCGUCUUCAACAACUUGUAUGCAACCACCAAUACCACCCAUUCAGUCUGACGACUUCUGCAACUGUUCGAGCUGUUCCAGCAGCAGUUCUUCAUCUACAGCUUCCUCUGAAGUGGAGUUUUAG